AUGCAUAUCUUGAAUGCAUCUUCUUUACUGUUCUGCUCAGGAACUCCUAUCAAUAAGCGACCGGUGCUUGGCUACAGGAACCUGAAUCUGUUUAAACUCUACCGGCUGGUGCAUAAGCUCGGUGGAUUUGACAAUAUCGAGAGCGGAUCUGUCUGGAAGCAGGUGUAUCAGGAUCUGGGCAUCCCUGUGCUCAACUCCGCAGCCGGUUACAACGUCAAAUGCGCCUACAGAAAGUAUCUGUAUGGCUUUGAGGACUACUGCGCCUCCACGGGGGUCAUGUUCCGCAUGGAUCUGCCGAAUAAGACGAGCGAGACGACGAGCUCAAAGAGCGAGGUGAACACGGAGGAAACGCUCAACACUGUCUCUUUAAGCACAUCCAGCACAGGAGAGGAACAGACAGCCCCCAAAGAGCCUGAGACCUCCAACAGCCCACAUGUGGUCAAGGAGGAGGACGCAGAACACACAGCACCUUGUGAAGAUAAAGUGGACAUCAGCAGCGUAAAUGAGGAGGAGGAUGAUCACGCUGAUGAAGAGGAGAGCGAUACGAAAGAGGAGGCGAAAGAAAGCGUCCCGACAGCUCAGAGUCCCGUCACUGAGAGCGUGAAGGAGGAAGCGUGUGAGGAACACCACGAGAAAGAUCUGUCCGGGGAUGUCAGCAGUCAGGAGUGGGAGGAAGGGGAGGAGUUUGAGUGUUACCCUCCUGGGAUGAAGGUGCAGGUGAGGUAUGGGCGAGGCCGCAAUCAGAAGACGUACGAAGCCACUGUGAAAGAGUCAGACCUGGAGGGGGGAGAGGUGCUCUACCUGGUGCACUACUGUGGCUGGAACGUCAGGUAUGAUGAGUGGAUCAAAGCCGAUAAGAUCGUGAAACCAGCCAAUAAGAACGUCCCUAAAAUAAAACACCGCAAAAAAAUAAAGAAUAAAGCAGAACGAGAAAGAUACCGAAUAGAGCGACUGACAGACGGAGACGAUCUUCUUUCAUCCAAAAAUCGCAUGAAUCGAUUGCCCAAACCGAACUCUGGCAGUGAUGUUUUCUCCAAGAUGGAGGAGUGUGGUGAUAAAGGAAGCCAGCAGUCGCCCGUCAAGCCCUUCGAGAUCACUUCUAUUCUCAAUGGCCUCCCAGGCUCUGAGAGCUCCACAGACGACAGUGAGCAAGAAGAAGAUGGUGAUGCCGAUCACGACGAAGAGCACCCGCAUACGCCACAGCACUGGGAGAGCGAGGGCCCGUCUGAAGCCUUCAAAGCUCCCGCGGUCGUGGACGAGGAGCUGAGCAUCCAGGACGCUCCAGAAACAAUCAAGAGAAAAGGACAAUUUGAGGAGGAGGUCGAAGGUUCUGGUGGCAGAAGAAAAAAAGCAGAAGGUCCAGAGCGUGCUUUGAAAAGCCCAGCGAAAGGCAAAACUAGAAGCAGCAGCAGAGGCGAUUGGUUGCCAAGUAGUUCGCCCAAAAAGUUAGAAGAACGAGGUCUGGUGGAGGAUAGAGGCGCUCAGUCGUGUAGCAGCUCUGAAGACGAAGCAGAUCCUCCAACAGAACCACAAACCAAGGAAGAACCAAGAGGAAAUCCCAAAACCAAGGGCUCCCCUUCAAAGAAAUACAAUGGAGUGAAGGAGAAGAAUAAAAGCAGUCGUUCGGGAUUCUGGGAGAUCCCGGAGAAAAGAGCCAAAAUAUCCACAGCGAUCGAAGAAAGGUCACCUGGCUGUCGUACUAAAGGCCAGAAGGAUGUGUGGUCCAGCAUCCAAGUGCAGUGGCCCAAGAAGACUCUAAAGGAGCUGUUUUCAGACUCUGAUACCGAGGCGGCUAACUCACCUCCACCCGCCGUAACGGCUCCGGACGAGCCCUGCGUCGAACCCUCCCGGGACGAGGAGAUCGGCGAGGACAAGCUGCAGGAGCAUCCCAGCAGUGGCACCAACUCUGUCCUCAACACGCCUCCGACUUCACCGGAGUCGCCCACCGUGGACAAACGACCCGUCGAGAUCCGGGUGCCAUCGCCGCACGCCGCUCCGACCGCCAGUCCUCCACCUGUCUCUUCACCGGCUGGAGCUCUGAUGGAGGAGCAGGCGGGGGGGCACGGCGAGUCCGACAGCAGCACGGUGGAGGUGGAGAGCCUGGGUGGAGAAAUCCAGGAGAUUCCUCGAGAAGUUGGGGCAGGUUCCCCUUCAAAGGCCUUCGAUGGAAACCUGUCGUGCAACAGUAACAGCAACUGUAGCCUGACGCUCAGCAACAGCAGCCAGCAGGAGAGCGAGCAGAAAGCCAAAGCCUCAUCCAGUCAGAAGCGGCACAAAGAGUCUCAAGGCGGCGGAGCAUCAAAGAAACACAAGCGCAGUCAUAAAAACCUGAGCUUACAUCCCAAGAAGAACCGCAAACCAGCCCACAGCAGUGACAGUGAGGACCAGUGUAUGAGCGAGAGCACUGCCAAAUCCCCCACAUCCAAGAGCAGCAGCGAGCUGAAGACAGCCCUCCCGCACAAGUGCUCCGGCCGGACGCCCCCCUCCGGACACAAGUACCACAAACACGCUGACCCGGAUCAUUCCCACGGCCCGACCAAGUGGAGCUUCCAGAUGUCGGACCUGGAGAAGAUGAGCAGUCUCGAGCGGAUAGCGUUCCUUCAGGAGAAACUGCAGGACAUCAGGAAUCACUACCUCCUGCUCAAAUCUGAGGUGGCCUCCAUCGACAGGAGACGCAAGCGCAUGAAGAAGAAAGAGAGAGAGAGUGCGGCGGCAGCCUCGUGCUCGUCCUCAUCCUCACCGUCCUCCAGCUCUCUGACGGCAGCGGUCAUGCUAACGCUAGCCGAGCCCACGGUGUCCAGCGCGUCUCAGACCUCGGGGCUGUCGGUGGAGUGCAGGUGACAGCAGCAGGACGCCGGCGGAGAGCAGCACAGAGCACUUAACCAGCACCGGCCCGCCUCGGCCUGCCCCACAGACACUGACAGACACAGCCACGGGGCGCUGACCUGACGAAACCACAGCCACCAGACAGCAACAAGCACUAUUUUAUAUCGACAACUGUUUCCUUCGCAAGCUAAUUGCACUCAAGUGCACUUUUUUUCUGGUGGGUCGGGUUUGACAACAGGACAAAGACCAAAACCAAACCAACCCCUUCUUUUUUUUUUUUUUUUUUUUGAGUGUUAUGAAUAUUUGAUCCUGUGUUUGAAUAAGAGUUCAUCUGCAGUGUCUGAACCCUGUAAUUCACCUUCAGGUCCACCGGUGUAGAGUCAGUCCCAGGUCAGAGGCGCGGGAGUUUAGAGACGUGGGAUUCACUGAGGGGUCAGCCUUACGCUUCGGGCACUCGUGAGGAAUGCUGGGUAAUCUGUGAUCGAGGGGUAGAUGUGUGUUUCAUAACUCAAAGCCCAAAAUACCAUUAAAGAGAAUGUCUGGUUUUCUUUUUAAUCAUAACAGGAAUUUAGAGUCUGUCCAGGUCAUAUUUCACACUAAAAUUAAUUAAUUUAAAAAAAAAUUUUUUUUUUUCAAAGAAAACAAA